AUGAAUAGCUUACUAUCGACCAGUUAUAGUCGAAAAACAAAAACUUUCGCUCGAUCAGUUGAAACUACGGAUCAAAUACAAAGUGUUCUAUUUGAAAUUGAACUUGAUACAAGUUUAACAACGAAACCAUUUGCUAGUAUAGAACAUUUAAGUUACUAUAAGGAUGAAAAUGAAAUUUUAAUUAUGUUCGGCGUUGUGUUCAAAAUAAACGAAAUAAGAUUCAAUAAAACUGGUCAAAUAUGGAUAAUAAAUGUUUCAUUGCUAAGCGAUGAUGAUUAUCAACUGAAAGAAAUAUUUUCAUUUUAUCAAGAGAAAAUUAGUGAAGAAACAAGUCUGGAUUCACUAGGGAAAAUAUUAAUUGAAAUGGGAGAAUUACAUAGCUCAUAUUUAUUAUUUAAUUGCUAA